AUGCCCUUUGAGGUCCAGCAGCAUGAACACAUGAGUAUGGCGGCUCAUACUGAUUACGGACAUUUUCAGCACCAACUUAACUUCAGCCCCCUAGUACCCCAAGUUGCGAAUAUCCCAAAUCAGUCAAAUGCAAUCCAUACUUCAAGUGACAGCAUGUCUAUACCAGUCAGAGAGAGAAGACCACUUGAUGUGAUUGACCCACAGACCAAAUCUGCAGUAAAUCUAGAAGAAGCUUCAAAAUCUCCUUCAGAACCACGGAAAAGAUUACCUUUGUUACCCCAGCUCAUAUUAGAUGAAUCGCCACCGAUUAUGGAAAAAGAAACAGAAAAAUCUUGUGCUGAUUUUAAGGACGAGGGCAUAUCAAGUACCGAAACAGUAUCACAUGAGGAUUGCGAGACGAAGGAUAUCGUCUCAGAAAUAACACGUGUCGAGGUAUCUGAAUGCAACAAGUCAAAGGAGGAACACUCGUCACAAGAGGAUGUCGUAGAUUGGGAUGAUGCAGAAGAGGAUAAAGAAGUGAAAGAGGAGGAAGAAGAAGAGGAGGAGGAGGAGGAAGUCAUGGGAAGAAAUAGAUACCCACGAGACUUCAUUCUUGGUCGCAAAGAUUCGGCAUCACUGAUUACUUUGGAAGGGAUUCAGGCAAUUAUGAACCAGUUCGCAAAUGCCAUGAAGAUGAGUCGCACGAGAUCAAACCAUGGGCCUAGAAAUAAAGUCAUCAAACUGCUUAAAACCAUUACUGUAAAACGUGUCGAAGGUGCAUUUGUUCCAUCAAAACUGCGUAGUCAGGAUGCAAAUGGUGUAACAGAUGCUAAAAAUAUAGCCCAGGAGCUAAACAUUAUCCUUAAUCGAGUGUCGGAUAACAACAUCCAAGAAACAAUAAAUGAUAUCAAGAUGCUUAAAAUAUCGACACCCGAUGAUCUCAAUCUGUUGGCAAAGACAAUAUUUCAAAAGGGUAUUAGACAGUCCAAAUACAGUAAGGUAUUUGCGAAUCUGUGCAAGCAACUCAAAGGGUUCGAAGUACAAGGUUCAGAACGAUUUUCGGUCCUUAUUUUACAACUAACACAAGAGUUGUUCCACAAACGACUAGAGGUCCUCAUAAACGAAUUAAAUACCACUAUCGACGCUAAAAUUGCUUCAGCUAAGGACGAUUCAGUGAAAAGAAUGUUUGAAGAGGAUCGUGAAACCAGUAUUCUAAAAAAAACAGAAUCCUAUUACGGGAAUAUAACGUUUAUUGCUGAACUUUAUCUCACUGGAUUUCUUCCAAUAAAAACCAUAACGGAAUGCUUGAAAAAACUGAGGGAUUCCUCAGAACCAGAAGCACUGCCUUCACUUAUUAUUUUCCUAAAUUUGUGUGGCAAGGAUCUUGAACAAAAUUGCAAAACCAUUUUGGAUUCAUGCUUUAAACGACUCGAACAAUAUAAAGAUUCGAAAAAAAUAGAAACUCAUCAAAUGUACAAAGUACAAGAGCUCGUAGAAUUACGAUCUCGUGGUUGGAAACCAAUGGAUACGACACAACUUCAACCACAGAUUGAUACUUCUAGACGAAAUGUAGAUGACAAGGGAAGGAGAAAUUUCAUUCCACCAGAUCCAAAGCGUAAAUCGGUGCAAUCUGUGAAUCCACUUACUCCUUCUAGUUUGGCUGUGACACCACAGUCUUAUGAUUCUCGGAAACUUGGACCUACGGUAGCGAAUUGGACACAAGGAAGUGGCCUGCUUCGUCCCUCUGAAGACAGUCAUACCAAGCAGAGUCAACAAAAUUCAUUGCUUCAUCGUUCUCGUGAAUCAUCCCCACGUAUGCCUCCUGGGCCGCAAGGUGCGUGGGCAAAUCCUUUGCCAGUUAUACAAAAACCGAAACAAAAAGAUUAUGAUUCAAUGCUGGAGGAUACAAAACGAAUGGCACGCACCGUAGUAGAAACGGUUUCACGUUCUGAAAGUGAAUGUCAUGACUGUGUUGUUGAAUGUAAACCCAAUGAACGGCCAGCUUUGCUCCACAAUAUGUUCGAUCUUUUAAUGGAUCGGACUUCUAAAGAGCGUCACUCAACUGGUCAUUUGUGUGUAGAUUUACUCCGCAAGAAAGUCCUCAAAGAAAGUGAUAUCAUUACAGCAUGUGAAAAUUUCUUCAAAUUUUGUGAUUCAGAUUGGGCUGCUGAUUAUCCCCAAGGUUGGUUGUAUAUAGCAGAAAUUCUCCAUCAUCUUAUUUCCGGGGAAUCGGAUUAUAUGGCUGUGUUGUUGGAGCUAGUAGAACCCAUUCGCUCUGAUGAUCGAGCUUCUAAGUUGAUGGCUCAUUGUAUUUCAUUAAGCAAAAAGAAUACAACUAUUGAUAAGUUAGUGUUAAAACUUCGAAAUUGUAAUUUCAUGUGGGCCAAACUUGGCGUUCCAUCGGAUAAAACCUGGAAUUUUGUAUACGAGCGAUCUAUAGAGUUCACAAUGGCUGGUGUCUAUGACUUUGAAUGCAAAAAACUCAGGGAGCUUACCGAUCUUGUCUCGAAUCCUUCCGUUUCCUCUGAAAAGGUACGCAUGUACUUCAAUGAAUUGUCUCAAAGUAAUCUAUCUAAGUGGUUCAUGCAGUCGAUAAUGCCAGUUCUCCUAAAAUCCUCCGAUCAGUCAAAGACGGGAAUUGACGCAACUGUGAUGUCUCUCCACAUUUUGAUUGAUCACAAACCUGACAAAGAAUUUCAUGUCCUUUCCGGUUUCCAGGACUCCUCGAUUAAUAAAGCUCUAAUUGCACCAUGGCUUUCAUCCUUAGUUGAAAAGAAGGUAAUAUCGGCAGAUGCAUUGUCACAGUGGAAAAAAAGUGAUAGUGAUGGCUUGGUAGCCGAGAUUCUUUCCGGUAACCCUGAACUACGGAACUUAUGA